AUAUGGCAACCUAUUUUUGCUCUUUUGUAACAUGACAAUUCGGCAGAAAUUCCUAAAUCAGUGACCUGAAAUAUUGGAAAUUAUAUUGAUUUGUGUGAAUUGCAAUGGUGACGAAGUAUUGAGGGUGUUGUGUUGUUGAAUGGUUUGUUGGAACAAGAAAUAUAACUAAAACUUUGUAAACAAUGGUUACUUAUUUGAAAUUGCUAUAAAACUGCCUUUUGCUGGAACAAAUCUAAGAAAAAAAUGUCUGCUGCUGGAACUCCAUCCACGGACCCUUGGGUUAUCUUGGCUCGAGAAAGAGCCCGUUAUGAGGAACAGUUUAAAUCACUAAAACCCAACAAUGGUGUUGUAACGGGGGAGCAAGCCAAAGGCUUUUUCCUCCAAUCACAGUUACCACCGCUUGUUCUCGGACAAAUUUGGGCUUUAGCCGACACCGAUGCUGACGGUAAAAUGGACGUGAACGAAUUUUCAAUCGCUUGCAAACUUAUCAACCUCAAACUGCGAGGUUUUGAAGUCCCCAAGGUGCUUCCACCGUCAAUUCUCGCAUCCCUUAAAACUAGUACCCCACCUGCCAUACCUCCCCUUCCCAAUCCAUCAUUAAUCAGCGCUCCGCCACGACCAGAACCUCCAAAACCGGCCUUAAUUCAAACCCAAAUACCUUCAACUCAACCCUUACUACCCAAUUUGGGUGGCGGCGUGAUGACUCAGCCUCCUAUUGCCGGAAUUCCCCCAAUGAUGGCAGGGAUUCCACCACAACCUGUAGCCGGCAUACCGACCGGCAUCGUGCCCCCAAUGCAAAGCACUGUACCGCAGGUGCCGCCCUUGAUGGCAAUGCCGCCUCAGCCGUUGGUCAAUCAAGUCAUGCCGACUGCUGGAUUUGGGGCUGCGCCCUUAGGGGCGAGUAUUCCUCCGAUGCCUGCUAGCGUUCCUUUAAUUUCCGGCAGUACUGCCGUACCUACUGCUGCCGUGAAUUUGCCAAAUGUCUCGGCAACAUUGCCGAAUAUUCCGGCGACGUUGCCGACUUCUUCGGCAGCGCCUAUUGUACCAGCACCGCAUAUGUCACCUGUCGGUUCGGUUACGGGGGCUAUUGUAUCGACUGUAGCGCCGAUGGGGCCAGGGGCCACAAGUACGCCAAGGUCGAGUAUUGCCAGCUUGGACAAAGCUGCAUCCGUGGAAUCGCUACAAGCCGAUUGGGCGGUGCCACAUCAAACAAAGUUGAAAUAUACUCAAAUUUUUAACACAACUGAUAGAACACGUUCAGGAUUUUUAUCGGGUGCACAAGCAAGAAACGUUAUGGUACAGACAAAAUUGCCACAAAGUGUCUUAGCACAAAUUUGGGGUUUAUCAGACAUGGACGCUGAUGGCAGAUUGGGAUGUGAAGAAUUUGUUUUAGCUAUGCAUUUGUGCGAGCAAGCUUCGUUAGGGAAUCCUCCACCUGCGAAACUUCCAUCUGAGUUGAUACCACCUUCGUUUAGAAGAGGAACAAGAACCGCAUCGAUUUCUAGUCAAGGCAGCGCUGCUCCGGAUCAAGAUCCAGCUUCAACAUUAUUGCAAACUUCAUUUGAAGAUAAACGCAAAGAAAACUUUGAGAAAGGUCAGGCAGAAUUGGAAAGGCGUCGGAAAGCUCUCUUAGAUCAACAACGAAAGGAAGCCGAAGAACGGGAAAGGAAAGAACGCGAGGAAAUGGAAAGAAAAGAGAAAGCGAGACAGGAAGCGGAAAGAAAAAGAAUGGAGGAACUCGAACGACAGAUGAGAGAACAACAAGAGCAAGAACGUCUGAAAGAGGAAGAGCGGAAACGACAGGCCGAACAAAGAGAAGCUGCUAGACGCGAAAUGGAACGUCAAAGACAACUAGAAUGGGAAAAACAAAGAUUGCAAGAAUUGCAACAGCAGCGACAGAAGGAACAAGAAAACGUUUUAAGAUUAAAAGCCAAAAGUCAGAGUCUCACAAUCGAAUUAACAUCGCUAAACGACCAAGUCAAAGAAUUAUCUCAAAAAAUCUGCGACACUCGUCUAGGAGUAUCAAAUGUGAAAACAACAAUCGACGGAAUGCGAUCAACCAGAGACUCACAAAUGCAAGAAAUGUCACAACUAAAGAAUAAACUCAAAGAACAGAACACAAAACUUCUUGCCUUAUCUCAAGAGAAGAUUAAACUGGAAGCGAAAAACAAAUUAAAUGCUCAGAUGGGCGGUCAGGAUUCAGAACAAGCUAAAAUCGCAUUCGAAAACAAAGAAAUCACAAUUAAAAACCUUAAAGAAAAAAUCGAAGACAUGCAAAAGCAAAUUGAAGGGAAAUUGUCAGACAUUGAGAAUAACAAUACUCAAUUGACUGAGCUUCGAACCCAAUUGCAGACUCUUGUCAGCGAAUGUGAAAGCUUAUACGGCGUGUAUGAGGAAAAGAAGACUAAGGUUCAAGAAAUGAAAAAUGCCAACAGGAAUUUGGACUAUAAUGCGAGUUGGAAGAGUAACGACGCAUGGGGUGAUAAUGGGACGCAGGCGUCCACAGAAUGGCCUGUCGAUAACUGGGGUACCUCGACAGCUCAACCCACAACAGAUAUUGUGAGGUAUAGAGCUUUGUAUGAAUUUGUUGCUAGAAAUUCAGACGAAAUUUCAUUCCAACCCGGUGAUAUUAUUAACGUUCCUACGAAACAAACUGGAGAACCGGGUUGGUUAGCGGGAGAGAUAAGGGGACACACAGGCUGGUUCCCCGAGUCUUACGUAGAACCUGUAGAUGGAGUCGGCGUUAGAGACGCUCCAGCAUCUGAAGUUUACCCCGAAGAACAGGAAAUAAAACGAUUAGAGGGAAUUGCCGAAGUUCCUGAAGUUACCGAAACAACGAAUAUUACCGCUGAACCACUGUCGAGCGUGACUCAACCAGAGGAAACAAGCGAAGUCGAAUAUUACAUUGCUAAUUAUCCAUAUCAAUCUCAGGAACAAGGUGAUCUGACGUUUAACGCAGGUGAUGUUAUCACAGUUGUCAAGAAGGAUGGUGAUUGGUGGACGGGAAAAAUCGGUAAUAAUGUCGGUAUUUUUCCGAGUAAUUACGUUCAAAAAGUUGAUGUGAACUCUGGCACUAACACAACCACUGCGAAUACUACUACGACCACGCUUAGUUCAACCGCUGACAAUGCUAACACUCAAAUAGAUAACGAGGUUUCUCAAAUCAACGAAUACAAGGCGCCUGAGAAACCACUAGAUGCCUCUAUAACCUCAAACACACAGACACUCAAAGGCAAGAAGCCCGAAAUAGCCUCAGUUAUCGCCCCCUAUCAAGCUACAAGUGCGGAACAGUUAUCCUUAGCUCGCGGUCAACUCAUUAUGAUCCGCAAAAAGACCGACUCUGGUUGGUGGGAGGGCGAAUUACAAGCCAAGGGUCGAAAGAGACAAGUCGGAUGGUUUCCUGCUAGUUACGUCAAGGUUCUAAACAGUAGCGGAAGAGCUAGUGGCAGAACGACUCCUGUUUCGACCACUCGAAUGCAACAAGAAGUCGUUAUAGAUAAAGUAAUAGCCUUAUUCCCCUACACUGCUGCUAAUCCGGACGAACUUAGUUUCGCCAAAGACGAUAUCAUUAGUGUAACGGCUCGCGAGGAGGAGGCAUGGUGGCGAGGGGAGCUGAACGGGGUGUCGGGACUCUUCCCGAGUAAUUAUGUGGCCCCAUUGCAGCAGCAAUCCACCGUGGUGAAUAAAAAACGUCAAGAUUCAAUAAGAGAAUUCAUUCAAACGGAGAAAGUUUACGUAGACGACAUGACAAUAGUUCAUGAGGUGUUUGAGUUACCGAUGAAGAAAAGCGGAGUAAUUGGAAAGGACGAAGUGGAGAAAAUUUUUCUAAAUUGGCAAGCUAUUUUGCAAUGCAAUCGCAACUUUUUGUCGGAUUUAUACGACUGGACCAGCUCCGGCAGCGAUAUUUUAGGACCGGUGAUAAAUAAACAUUUGCAAAACAUGCAAGUGUAUGAAGUUUUUUGCGGCAAGCAGCUAGACAGUGCAGCUCUUUUACAACGGCUAACGGAAACCUCGACAGCUUUUCGCGAUUUAAUGAGGAAAUGUCAAAAUAAUGUUGCGACGAAAGGGAUGCCACUUUCGUCAUUUUUAAUAAAACCAAUGCAAAGAAUUACGAGAUAUCCUCUACUUAUUAGUAAAAUUAUUGAAAAUACGCCCGAAGACCACCCCGAUUAUGAGUUACUUCAAGAAGCUUUAAAAAACGCCGAAAAGUUCCUGAAUGAUAUAAAUGAAAAUGUGAAACAGAAAGAAAACCAAGAACGCUACGAUUGGCUCCAGAGAUGUGUCCAAAAUGACUUGAAUAUAGUUUUUAAUAGUGAAACCAAUAAACUUGGCCCAAGGAAGUUGAUUCACUUUGGAGUUUUAAGCAAAGUGAAAAGUGGCAAAGAGUUGAUCGGUUUUUUAUUUAAUGAUUUUUUCCUAUUGAUUCAACCCAGUAAAAGUUUGGGGACUCAGUUCACAUUCCAAAGAAAUAGUAAUAUAAGUUAUAAAAUGUACAAACAACCUUUAUUAAUACAAGAUCUUUCAAUUAGUAGAGAAAGCACCGACCAUGUGGAACAGGGAACGGAUUCCAAUAGAGUUAUCAAAAUACAAGACAAUAAAAAUAAGUAUACUUUAAGUUUGUUGGCUCCUACUGUGAAUGAAUGCAAUUUGUGGGUUAAAAGGAUCGAGAAAUGCAAGGAAGUUUAUAAUAAAGUGGAUAGUCUUUCACAAACUAGACCAAAAACAAUCCAUAGUGACGGAGUUUGGGUUAAGAUAACGAUUGUUAGCGGUAGAGAACUUUUUUUUAGAAGUAAAAAGACUAACAGUCUGAAGAAAAAAGGUAAGCCCCAUACUGACAACGUCUACUGCAAAGUAACGUUAGGGGACCAAAAGCAACAAACGGAUCUAUCGAAAGAUCAGUCUAUAAACGGAAAUGUUCCUCAAAACAGUGCACUACAAGUUCCGACAUUAGUGUGGAACUACAGCAUGCAGUUUCAGUUGAGGAAUCUCGAAACGGAGGUGGUUACGUUUACGGUCUAUGGUUUAAAUUUAUACUGCCCUGAUGAAUUUUUGGGACGCGCCGAAUUAAAAGUAAUUGAUAUUUUACGCGAGACGCAAAACACCAAUGGUCCAAUCACAAAAAAACUGAUUCUGCAUCAAGUGGAAUCGGGGGAAAUUGUUGUCAAAUUAGAUUUACAAAUGUUUGAUUUUUGAAUUGUUGAUAUUUGGGAGUUGCAAUUCCACCCAAUCAAAACGUUAGUUGAUAUUGUUACUUAUACAAAUUAUACAAUAUACAAUUUAAAUGUUUAUGCUACGUUUUGUAUUUUUCUAUUGUUAUAUCAUUUUUAUAUGAUGGAAUCGUUAUUGUGUACUGUUUAUGCAAGAGAUUUUAUGUUUAUUGAGUGCUUUUUCUAUGACUUUGUAAGUGUGGAUGUUAUAUCCAUUGUGUUCUAAAUAGAAGAAGUACUUUUCAACGUCACCAUUAAUAAGUCACCUGUAAUUUUUUUAAGUAAUAUUAAAUCUCUUUGAGUGGAGACAAGUUUUGCUUGUUAACACCUCCUGCUUUGCUCAUAUUCAUAUAAAGAUAUAUAAUUAGAAGCUACCAAUUGAUAAAAAUCAUGUUAUUAUAUAAGAAUUAUAAAAUUUGCUUUAACCAGUGUUUUCACUACAUUUACGAAUAAAAUAUUGAAGAAUAUUAAA